AUGGGAGAAGCAAAGCCAAAGCAGAAGAAGUACGCCCUCAUCGGUACCGGUGGUCGCUCUUCGUUCUUUUACUCGGCUAUAGCAACAACCUACAAAGAUACGUCAGUUGUAGUAGCCCUUUGUGACACGAACCAAACCCGUCUCAACUUUGCGCUCGAGCAGCUCCAAGCCCUAGGUCAUGCGUCUAUCCCAACCUACAAAGCGACAGACUUCGACCGCAUGAUCCAAGAAACAAAACCAGAUGAAGUAAUUGUGACGACCAUCGACCGCACGCACAACAUCUACAUCGUAAGAGCAUUGGAGUUGGGAUGUAACGUCGUGACCGAAAAGCCAAUGACCAUCGACGCACCACGAUGUCGAGAAAUCUUCGAUGCCGUCGAGCGAACAGGAAAAAAAGUGCGGGUAACGUUCAACUACCGGUACGCACCACACAAUACAAAAGUGUGGGAACUCGUACGCUCCGGCGCAAUCGGCACUGUGACUUCCAUUCACUUUGAAUGGCUGCUCAACACGUCCCACGGCGCAGACUACUUCCGGCGCUGGCACCGCGACAAGCACAACUCUGGCGGCCUGCUCGUGCACAAAUCUACACACCACUUCGAUCUGAUAAACUUUUGGCUGAACAGUAAGCCAGCGACUGUAUACGCCCAAGGCGAUCUGAAAUUCUACGGGAGAGAAAACGCCGAGAAACGCGGCGUGACAAGUUUCUAUACGCGGGCCCAUGGCAGUGAAGUAGCGAAGCGUGAUCCGUUUGCGCUGCAUCUGGAGAAGAAUGACAAGCUGAAGAAAAUGUAUCUCGAUGCCGAGCAUGAGGAUGCGUACUACCGCGACCAGAGCGUUUUCGGCGACGGAAUCAGCAUAGAAGAUACCAUGAACUUGCUCGUGCGGUACGAGUCCGGCGCCGUGCUAACGUACAGCUUAACCGCAUACGCGCCGUGGGAAGGGUUCCGCGUCAGUUUCAACGGCACUGGUGGGCGGCUGGAAAUGGAGGUUGUUGAGAACUCGUAUGUGAACAGUGGAGGUGAUCAGUCGCUGGAAGGCUCGCUCGAAUCUCGAACCAUCACUUUGCGGAAGCUGUUUGAAAGGCCGGUCGAUGUGGAGAUCCCAGAUAGUGUUGGCGCUCAUGGAGGAGGAGAUGAAGUCUUGCUUGCGGAUCUAUUUGGAGAACAAGGGGCAGAGAUUAAUCAGGAUAUGCGCGCUGCCACGCAUGUUGAUGGCGCGCUAUCGAUAUUGACGGGUGUCUGUGCGAAUCGAUCGAUUGCGACGGGGCAGGCUGUGAAGGUCAGCGAUGUCUUUGUCGUGUAGACGGAGAAGAUGGAACUGAGAGAAGUUAGAACGUCAGCCGAGUUCGAUCGGCUAUUGACAUGUAACCUGAUACCAUAUCAGAGGGUUGGUUUCUUACUCGAUUCGAAUCGAGAUUGAUUUCUCCUGUGUUAAACCCCAUACAUACUCUUCCAUUUCAAGAAGCUCGAAUCUGGUCCAGUACUGAAUUCAAAAGUAGUCUAUCCUAUUCUGAUGGACAUGAUUUGACAAAGAAAAGGUGGAAUCCGAUUGUAUUUACAUGUUGCUGUUUAGAUUAACCGCAGAUCUACCAGCCCUGACCCGGC